AUGGUGUCUGCCAAACCUAAUGGAAAACUACUGCACACACACCCUUGCCCUAAACUAUCCCAAGCAGCUGGUCAAAAGGAAUGGAUUCCUACCUGGGACAAAAGGGACCUAUCCAAGCACGGCAUGGAAAAAUCCACUGCCCUGGACAAAACUCCUGCAAUCCCGUCCUGGUUUCCGUACCCGCUACCACCUAACCUCAGAGCUCCUGCAAUCCGGUCCCGGUUACCGCCCCCGCCACCACCUAGCGUCAGAGCUCCUGCAAUCCAGCCCCUAACACUACCCCCGCCAUCACCUAACCUUAGAGCUCCUGCAAUCCAGCCCCUAGCACUACCCCCGACAUCACCUAACCUCAGCGCUCCUGCAAUCCGGUCCUCACUACCAUCUGCACCAUCACCUAUUCACCAAGAAUCACCUGCGAUCCCUGACAGACCACCGCUUGACGAUCCAGAAUCACCUGCGAUCCCAGACAGACCACCGCUUGACGAUCCAGUUUUUGGUAUCAUAAAACCACCUGUGAUCCAAGACAGACCACCGCUUGCUGAUCCAGAGGACGGCUACUCUAUGAAUUCAGAUUUCAGUUCCGGUACAGAUGAUGAUGCUGAGUAUGCUUUGCCUCCUGAGAACGAAACAGUUGAUGUCGCUCAUGCUAAAACAAGAUCGAGACUUUCGGAAUUUAGGAAGAAAUAUGAUGAAGGAGAUCUUGAAGGAUAUGUUCAAGGAAUAACUGAUGAAUUCGAAAGGAUGACUGAAUCGUAUAGUUCCCCUCACGAGUAGAUAUCAUUAUUUCACCACCUCCGGUGAUUGGACUAUCAACAUUGACAUAAUAAUAAUAAUAAUAAUAAUAAUAAUAAUAUAGGUAUAUUUACCCAGGGUAGCCACUUCAGUUUCGAAAACUGUUCUACCAGCGGGCCCUGCUAUUAUUAUUACCCCGGCUUUAGCUGAGCAACCUAGGCGCUCAAGCAUUCAAGGAAUUCCUUCCUCCCGGGUACCCAUUCACCUCACCUGGGUUGAGUGCAGCACGAUGUGGAUGAGUUUCUUGCCGAAGGAGAUUACGCCAUGGCUGGGAUUCGAACCCACGACCCUCUGUUUCAAAGUCAGAAGACUAAUCCACUGGGCCACAACGCUCCACGCAAGACAUGAUUGAAGGGUACUUGGCAUUAUCUUUAAAGAAAAAAGAAAAAUAAGAUUUCAAAUUAAGCUGAAAAAUAUGUGUGUGAGUACUUGUAUUUGUCCUCAAAAACCUUGAAAACCACCACAAUAAAGGAUGAAAAACAUUUUAGACACAUUUAACGAUUCAUCAGUUUAAUUUGGCGUCUCUGAGACGCUUUUAGAUUGUGCCCAGUUUUCUCAAAUUCGAAAUGUCCGUUGGCUGUGUGGACUACCUUUUGUUGUGUAAACCUGCUCCGUAGGUCACACUGGGUUCAUCUAGAGUUCAUGUAUUCGCUCUAUACAAAUGAUCAUUCAAACCAACCCUCAUUUAUUUCCAAGCUUUGGUUUGCAUCAGAAUUGUUAAAAUGUGUGAUACUUUUGAAACUUGUGGACUAGUACUUUUACACUACAAACGAAAGCCUUAUACUUAGCCCAGUUCCAAGAACCAAAGUGAGCAUUUUUAAAAUGAGAACAAAGUGAUCAAGAUCCCUUAAAACGCACGAAAGAGGCCAGCAAGCACGAUGGUAAUUGCAAAUAGAACUGCAAUCCUAUACUAAAAUGGUGUGCAUGCAAUGUUACUAGGGAUUUAUAGGUUAGUGUUAGAGGAGGGGGAGAACAUAUCAAAAGCAAUACAUGCCUAGAAAAAAAGUCAUGGAGAGAAUAAGGAUAGAUUGGCAUUUUCGCAAACUUGGUAAAUGGUAAAGGUUUUGUGCACGUUCAAAUUCCCAAGAACGGUCAUCGCCGUACAAUUUGAUUAUGUGAAAGCCUUUGAAAACUUGUAUUUAUGUUAUUCAUGAGUUAGACAGCAUCCACGCUCUACAAGAAGUGCUUCUUAGUGGAUCCCCUCAUUUCCAUAUACAUUUGACACUCUUUUCUAUAAGCUUGUGUUGGGCUUCUGAAAUUAUUAUAUUGCACAUUUCUUAUUGAUUGAUCUGUACUUGAUUUGUAGUUAUAUUUCAUUUGUAUUUGAUAUGUACUCGAAAUGGAAAUGAAAUGAUAUUUUGAAAUCUUGAAACACGUUAUUGUGCAGUGUGUGGUAGCAGUGGACAAAUAUUCUUUAAUGUAGUGCUCAGUUUGUCUGCAAUUGCGGGUAAUGUCAAAUUUAGGACCCCCUUGGUUAAAUGGCGAAAUCAUGGGGUUAAAGUUUUUGCGAGUUCAUAAUUCAUGGCUUUGACUUUGUGUACACAUUCAUACUGGAAUGGCAUCGUAAUGAAAUCGAGUAAUUUUGAGACAAAUUUGUGAUAUAUUUAAUAUUCAGUUAUUAUUUUGAUAACUGCAGUGUAACAGUAUGUUAAAAGGUGAUUUUUCGGAUGUUGCUUGUGUAUUCAUAUUUGUCUCUCGAAGAUGAUUUUUUAAAUGUUUCAUGUAAUGUAUUAUAUGGAGUCACUGUUAACUGAAAUAUACUUUAUC